GAUAAAACAGACAGCGAACGCUCGUCGGGGCUGCAGUUUCGGAUAACGUGUUGUGUGCUAUCGUGUUGUGGCGUGUUGCUCCGUUGCGAUAUGGGUGACUUGUAUAAGGUGUUAUUGGUUGUUCAGCUCGUUGGGUGCUUUGUGGGCAUCUCCAAUGGGCAGCUGAUGUGCUUUCAUUGUGAAGAUUGUGACACCACGCGGAUGGAGAUUGUGCAAUGUGGACCAAACCGACCGAUGCUACCAUUCCCUGGUGAUUCUACCACAACAACCGUGACUCCUGCAACGACGACAACAACAACAACACCGGAACCUACAACCAUUACACCACCAUCGAUACCUACCAUAGUGCCGGAGACGACGACAAGCUGUCCACCGUCCACCAUUACCACAACGAACCCACCGAUAACUACAACGAUCGCGCCAGAGAUCACUACUACCGUCGCACCGUCAACACCGGAACCGGAAACAACCACCCUAUUGCCACCAAGUGUACCGACGGUUAAGCCCGACACGACAACCAUUACGCCACCGACACUACCCACAGUUGAUCCCGACACGACAACCAUUACGCCACCGACACUACCCACAGUUGAGCCCGACACGACAACCAUUACACCACCGACUCCUCCAACGGAAACAACGACGAUCGGCAGCACCACACCUGGCGGGCCGAUCUUAACGCCACCGACCCAUCCCACCUUUUCUCCCGGUCCACCAGCGUCCAGCACGUCCGCUUCCCCCAUACUAACACCACCAACCCACCCGACCCCACUGCCAGGGGCACCGAUCGGGUUCGGGGUUGCUAUUCCGAUUCCCCCCAAUAAUGCACAGUACGCCUGUCUGUCUGUAAAACGCGUUGAUGUUAACAACAACAAUCGAUCGGUUAUCACUAAGGGAUGCGCAAGAUUAAUGGCCAGUGUGCCACAGACGUGCUCUCACGCUACGAAUGGAGGACAUAACAGCUGUUCGGUGUGUUUGGGAUCGCUCUGCAAUGCGUACAACUAGACGCUGGCUCGAUUGUUUUUAAUAUUUUAAUAUUUUUUUUAAUAUUUUAACAGUAUUUUUAUUUUAACAGUAUAUUUUAACAGUAUUGCUUAACUGCCUUAUUUUUAAUAUUUUAACAGUAUAUUAGGCAGUUAAGCAAUACCUCCGUCAAGUGUUUGGUUUCGCUUUAUUUUUGAAUGGUAAAAUCUCUACAAAAUUUGUUUAAUAGCGCUACCUAAAACUAAACACUUUUACCUGGGUGCAAUUGGAGAAAUGAAUAAAAUAUGUAGAUCAGUAAGCACAUCAUCAAUGUUUUGUAGAUUUAAUAAUGGUAUUCAUGCUUCUGGUAAAAUCUGUCUUCUCUUUGUGAAGAGACAUUUAAAAACGGUCAUGCAUUAUCUAUUUAUUACGACUUAAAACUAGAGACCGUGAGCGGUUUCAGACACUCCUGACGCAGGCCCAGACCGCAACGCGGUUGUAACGCCGGAUAAGUAAGCAAGUAAAUUGAAGCUUACGCCGUGUAAUCCCAAAAAUAUGUGUAGUUAGUAUGUGUUGAAAUGUGUUGUCGAAAUGGUGAUUAUUUUCAGCAAUGCUGAUGAUGUAUCACACUGAUUUUUUUUUGCAUUUGAAAAACCGUUGAACGUAUAAGUGAGUGGACCCACUCACAUCAAGUACUCUUGGCACUCACAAAGGCAGCUUAACGCCGGGCACACUGAGUGGAAUAAAAGUCGGGACGACACUCUAACGUUUCCCUUGUGCAUGAAUUUGUGCUUUGGUUGUUAAUAACUUCACUAUUAUUUGAUGACCUACAGUGUGAAUUAACAUUAUCAAACAAGGAGCGCACGAGGACACAUGGAUCGAACUCAAACAGUUAGUUAAUCCAAUAUGGUUCUGUAGAUGAUAUGUUUGAAGCAAAGGGGUUUUAUUUCCUCAGUCAUCUAUACAAUUAAUUAGAUUCAACUGGAGAGAUACUAAGAAAUAUUACGUUUUUUAAACAGCUCUGUGGAAAUUAACAUUUGUCCUGUUGUUGUACGUAAUUGUUCAAUAAAAAGAUAUAAAAACA